GUUUUGACCAAUCAAACUAAAGAGUUAUGUGCGAUGGCGAUGUGCGAUUCCUUUCUUUCGCUCUUGUUCUAUUUGUUCUAAUAAAAUUUAGUAUAAAGUAAAAUAAACACCGUUUGUAAGACUUAUGUAUUAUAAAUACAACACUAAUUAUAAAAGAUUGGAUUCGGCGGAAUUUGAUUUAAGUACGUGUGAAUCGUAUAAAACGUGAGGUAAGUUCGCGAAUAGGAUGUCGCGAUGUUUUGACUGGAUGGUCCUUGCUAAAAAUAUCAAUCGGCUUUUUCUGCCAUAGGUGGAGAACCCUGGACCACUGAUGGAGACCCACGUGUCUUCAACCACUGCAGAUGUUCCAGACACGCAGGAGGUAAUUGGUUCACAUGGCAAUGUUGAAAUAGUGGUUGCAGUGGAGAAAGUAGAGGAAGACAUACAGCAGAAGGCAGAUUCAAACUCACAAGACAAUGUACAGCCUGUGAUGGAAGAAAGUAGUCCUCUCUGCAGCCAAUCUACAAAGACAGAUGGCUUGCAUAAGUCACCCCGUAAGCAAGAACCAUUACAACCGCCUACCAGCAAAGAAAUUAAUAAAACUGCUCCGUCUCCAAUUAAAUUACAGUCAAGCAAGCAACCUAACAUACAAACAAAUGCAAAUGAAACUCAAACACCCCAAAGUAAACUGUCAGGCAAACAAGUUGGAGUUGUUACGCAAAAUGCUCCUGAUAAAGAACUAGCAGCACCAGCAGAUGUUGACUCUACAUCUCCAAAAGAUAUCCCCAUGGACAUCACUUCUGAUGAGGUUGAUAAUAAAAAUGAUGUAACUUUGAAUAUUACUGUUGAUAGAGAGCCUUCCAAUGAAUCACAGUCAGAUAUGACUAGUGAUGCAGAAAAAGAACACAAUAAAAGUAUUAGUAGAGAGUUGAAGUCCCUUAUUAACUCUGCUAAAGAAUCCAAAAUUAUUAGUGAAUGCACAAAAUUGACUAGCAAAACAAGAAAAUCUGCAAGAGCUGCUCUAGACACUUCAAGCACUAAUAUAAAUAAUACUCCUGAGGCUGAUCGUAUUCAGGGCACCCGGCGUAGUAGCAGUAAUUCCCAAAAAAGUAAUUCAAGUGAGAAAUCAGAUAGGGUGGGAAAGAGAUCUAUGAGGUCCCAAAACCCAGAAUUUGUUCAUAAAGUCAGAAAAUUCCUUAAUUCAGUCACAGGAAAGUUUCAAAAAGAUGCUGAUUCUGAUGAAAGCACUGUUUCUGAUGAAGAGACAGUAACUCCAAAAAUCAAAGAAAACGCCACUGACUCCUCUCCUAGCAAUGCCAAGAACCGAAAUCCUAAUCAGGAACAGGUCCAAUCUCAGUCUAAAAUAGAUGAAAAAAGUAACAAGCUUCGUUCAGACCCAUAUUGCUGGAGAUGCCAUUGGUCCAUUGACAUGAAUGAUGGGGAGAAGACCCCGCAGCCUCCGUUGAAGUGCACCGUCUGCCCCCGUGCCUUUCACUACAGAUGUCUUACUGGCUCUGAGAAAAAUAAGAUCAGUACUGAAAAGAAUUGGGUGUGUCCCGAAUGCAUGACUGUGUUACAUGCAGAAAGUUCCGAGACCAGAUCCCUUGCAAUGAGAAAGACAACAUUAGGAAUGUUGUGUGAGCUGCUGAAAUAUGCUUUGCAGCGCAUGACUGAAGUUGCUGGGUCGGAACCGUUCCUGCAGAGCGUGGACCGCUCGGUGUUCCCCGACUACGACAAGUACGUGGUGCACCCCAUGGACCUGGCGCUGAUGCGCGAGCACAUCGACGAGGGCCUGUACGGCAGCACCGAGGCCUUCCUGGCCGACGCGCACUGGAUACUACACAACAGUAUUAUAUUCAACACAUUGCAGUCGAAGCUGACGACGACAGCGCGCGCGCUGGUGCGCUCGUGCCGCGCGGAGAUGGGCGAGAUCGAGGCGUGCCCCGAGUGCUACGCCGCGGCGCACGCGCGCCGCCCCACCUGGUUCACCGACGUGUGCUCCACGCCGCACCUGCUGCUGUGGGCCAAACUCAAAGGGUUCCCGUACUGGCCAGCGAAGGCGAUGACGGUGAGCCACGCGGGGCUGGUGGACGUGCGGUUCUUCGGCGCGCACGACCGCGCCUGGGUGCCCGCGCGCGACUGCUACCUCUACUGCGAGCGCGACCCCAACAACUUCCGCACCAAGCGGCAGGACAUGGUGGAAGCCAUGCAGGAAGCGGAGCAGCACAUCCGCAACAUCUCGCGCAAGUACGGCAAGUUCGCGUACGCGCCCUACCGCACCACCUUCGAGCCCUCCAAGCUGGGGGAAGCGAUCAAGUACAUGAUACCGUCUUUUGAUGGGCAAGUGCGGAGCCCGGUGCGGGAGAGGCGGUCCAAGACGCCGGCACGCGCUCUCAAGAGCCGCUCCAACUCCAAGGGAUCGAAAGAUGACUCUAAUGCGGGGGAUGUGGUAAGCGAUAGCGAGCAAAUGGAUAGCGAAACUCCUAAAACUGAAGACGCGGAGAAAAAGGAAGAAAAGGAAGGAAAUGUACCUGCUGAAAAACCCCAGGCGGCCACUCGCAAGCGGACCCGUUCCGAAUCAAAGGGGCCCGCUGAGAACAGUUCCAAAGAGAAGCGGCGGCUGCUCGACACCCCCGCCAAGGAGCCGGCGCCCAAGAAAACCGACUCACCCGUGGUCGUCAGCAGCAGCAAAGACAUCGGACACAAACAAAACGAGCCGGACGACGCCGCUUCCGACGAGCCCGUCGAGGUGGACCGGGAGCCGGCCGCCGCCGCGGGUCCGCCACCCGCUCCCCUCACAACCGACGCGACGCCCAAACCGAAUAAGAAUCCCAAAACAAACAAUGUAGUCGCGUCAAAUAAAACACCCGCUAAAACUGAUGUACCCAAAACUAAUGACAAAGAAAAAAAUACACAACAAGGAGAAAAACCUGUUCCUCCAAAUCAGAGAAUUUCGAGGAGUAACAAGCCGUUGAACAAUAUUGAAACCAUUGAACUGGACGAAAAUAAUCCGACUACGACUACUUCAAACAAACCGUCCGCGCCGCCCGUGGCAAAUAUAGCUAAAACUAAUCCUAACAAAGUCUCCCCGAAGGAAGCUGUUACUAUAACUAAAGCCAACGAAAAAGAAAAAACCACAGAAUCUGCUGUCCUUAUCAAAAUUAAUGACAAGGGUAACAAAGAUGCUUCGUUGACUAUUACGGUAAACGCUAAAGACAAACUUACCGAAGCUGCCACUUUAACCAAAAUAACUGAUAUCGUGAAAAUGACUCAUAAUAAAAAUAAAAUAAAAGACAAGGAGACUGAAAACACCACGCCCAAUAAAGACGGGGUGAAAGAAAAGGUGUCUACGGUUACACCUAAUAAAAAUGCUGCAAAAACAACGCCAAGUACAAAAAACUUGGGUAGCGAAAAAACAAAUAAUGAUGGCCCUACAGUUCCUAAUACAACUACUGAGAAAACAGUAAGCGAUUCCACUGUCAGUAAUGAUACGGGCAAAGUUAACGCGAAAGAGGGUACAGAUAAAACUGCAGAUACUAGCACGGAGAGUAAAAAGAUUUUAGUCGAUAAGGAAAAAAGUGCUUCUGCAAAGAACGCCUUUUUACCCAAACCGGGCACUUCUAAAGUGAUCAAAGCUACCAAAGAUCGAAUACAAUACGACGAUGACACAAGCCUAGCCGCAAUGGGUCGCAAAGUGCCAAAAAAUAACAGUAACAGCGACGUGUCUGCCGGGGCGGCGGGGAGCGGCGUCAUGGGCGCGGCCGCGAGCGCGGCGGCCGACGCGCCGACGGCGCCACCCGCGCCGCCCGCGCCGCCUGCCACUCGCUCCUCCAGCGCCAGCAAGACCACCCCAGUCACGGUGGAGGUCAACCCAGACUCUAGUAUUUUCACGCCUACAAGCACAGACAACGUGCGCAACAUGAAAGAGGCGGUUAACAAACUACAGAAACUGAGAAGCGGAUUCGAUCCGCCGGCAAAUUCGCAAGUCGGUAAAGUUGGCGUACGAGCAUUCGCCAGAAUGACGUCUCCACCCGAGAAACAGGCGAAACCUAACGAUGUUGUAGUGGAAAUUAAAUCGGAACCUAUGGACUACGAAGACUGUGAUGCUCCGCAAGAAACUUCUACCGUACUGGAUUCUUUGCGGCCGCGACCGAUCGCCCCGGCAGUGUCGGCUCCGAAUCUGCGGGAAGUGCGUAUUAGCAAAGUGAUCCCGGUACCGGCGGCAGCGAAGAAGUCUCCGAAGCCGCCGGACGUGAGGCCGCGCGCCAAGAAGACGUUCCCGCAGCCGAAGAAAGCCGACGACGGAAGGUCGGAGUUGACGAACAAGAACUCGAUGGUGUACAUCCCCAUCCAGCCGCCGAUCUCGCAGUCGCCCGUGCGCGCCGCGCUCAAGGCGGCCAACUCCGCCACGGCCACGCCUCCGCGGACACCUACGCUUUUCCCUACUACCAACGUGAAGAGCGUGACGUCGAUUGCCCCGCCGCUGAUGCCGAUGGCGCCGCCGCCGCCUCCGCCGGCCACCACGGCGACGGCGACCAGCGCCGUGGCCGGCGCCAUCCUGGCGCCCGGCUUCCCCUCCGUGCCCACCACCGUACACACGGUGCCGCUUAUCACGUCCGUCAACGGGCAAUGGACCUUCAGCUUGCAGCCUGUGAUGUCGGUUGGCGCUGGCGAGAGCAUCACGUCGGCGACGGUGAACGGCGUGAGCGAGCGCGCGUCCGGGGCCGCGGGGGCAGCUGGCCCCGCGCCGCCCGCGCCCGCGCCCUCGGCGACGCAGCCGCCCGCGCUCGUGCCGACGGGCGCGCCGGUCAACCCUCCCGUCACCGAUGCGACACGAUCGCCCACCAGUGAGCUACCGCCGCCCCCGCAGCUACAGCAGCGGCCGGCGCUGCAGCACCCGCUGGCCGCGGGCACCGAGAUCGGCGAGAUGACGGCGCCCUCCUCCGCCGGACCGCUCACCGCCAAGCUCAACCACAACUCUAUCAAGCUAGCGGAGUUCUUCCGCCACCUACUGGAGGAGUCGCUGGUGCAAGUGGAGGACCCCACGGCCGAGACGGUGGCGCUACGCCUGCAGCUGGAGCAGGAGCGCUGGCGCUACCAGCACGAGCUGGCCGAGCUGCGGCGCACUAACGAGGUGGCGCUAGUGGAGGUUCGAGCGGCUAUGGAUAAGGAGAAAACGCGCGCAGUGGCAGAGGCGCGGCGCCUCGCGCACCAGGAGCUCGAGGCCGCAGUUAAGAGUGCCAAGUCCAAGCAAUGGUGUGCCAACUGCAGCCAGGAGGCGCAGUUCUACUGCUGCUGGAACACCUCGUACUGCGACUACCCGUGCCAGCGCGCGCACUGGGGCCAGCACUACGCGCACUGCACGCAACAGCGGACGAAUGCCUCCUCGCCGCCCACGGUGAUUGCCAAAGUGACCUCGGCAGCCACCCGAACGUUGAACUCUGAACAAGCACAGAACAAGUCACCUGUUGCCGUGAGCGCGGCGGAUGAAGGCAACGGGCACGCGGCAGCGAAGAGCGCGGGCGCCUCACCACAGGCCGCGGUCCCGACGCACGCCGCACCGCUUUUAGCCAACAAGCAGUUGAUGAACAAGGAUGACAACGCGCCGAAGCGAGUAGUGACGUCGGGCGGGUUCCUGAUAGUGGGCGCGGGAGUGGGCACGGGUGCGGCGGGGGGGGACGCGCGCCGCGCGCCGCGCCGCGACUGAGCCACGCUCUCCGUCACCAGCGUCUACCUCCUCGAACCCUGACUGAACCCAGUCCGCGAGUAGAUAAUGGUGCGACCCCAGCCAGAUGUAACGUUUUAUAUUGGCAUAUCUACGCUAAAAUAGAUAUUCGAUCUGUCGAUUCCGACUUGAAACUUCCUUAUUAUUUUAAGAUAAGCUGUACAGUGAUUUACUAACAUACUGAUCUGGGAAAUUACGUAAAGACUAAGCGAACUCGACUGACAUUGUGUAAAGAUGGAUUAGUGAAUUGUGAUGGCUCGACGGAGCCGCGGCGGGAGUAAUACUGGGAGCGGCCAAAUGCUAAAGCGGCCCUGAAGGAAAAUAGGUAGUAAUUUGGUUUUCUUUUAUUUCUGUAAAUUUGCGUAUUUUUAAAGAACGUAGUGAUAUCGUUCGGAUAGUAGGUACAUGAUUUAUUCUAAAAACACUACAUAAUAAGUUGUACCUAUGUUAGAAUUAUGUUGAAUCCAAAAGUUCAAAAUAUACUGAAGUAUUUCCUAAAUAAUAAUAAUUUUGAAUUUUUAAUACGUGUAUCACACUGGAUUGUAAUUAUACGAUACUUUCAUAGGUUUGUAUAUAUAAAAUUACCUAAAUGUUUCGUUACAGCAAAAACAGUGUCCAACUAACUUUGUGCAUACAAAUAUACGGCGAUAUACCAAUCCGGUUGUAUUAUAUGCGCCGGGCGAUCGCAUCAUGUCGAGUUGUUGUUGCCGGUUUUUGUGUGCGUGUGUGCGAGUGGGACGCGCCGUCGUCGUCCGAGCGACGAACGCGGGUGAGCGCACUCAAGCGGCGACGUGGACUCAUACUUAGGUAUGGUGAUUUCUGCCUGACUUAGUUUACUAUGAGUUGCUAUGAGGAACAUGAGUAGUUCCUCGUAAUUAUGAAUACUGAGUAAAUAGUCUGCAGCUACAUGCUCGAUACACUGUUUAGUGUUCUAUUAAAUAUUAUUAAGACUGCUAAUUUUUAAGUUGACUCGAAAUGCAUAGAAUAUUUGUUUUGUUGUUCAGUAAUUCUUACUUAUUGAAUGCUUGUGUAUUUUAAUUUGAUAAUGUUGAUAGUCAAGUAAUAACACUUGGUCUCAUCGCUUCACGUUUCCAUGAAAAACAAAUAGUUCAGUGUUUUGUUCAUAUCUACUGUAGUUAUGACCAACGAUUAAGUAUUAUAUAUUAUUCCGUGUAUUGUACAUUUUUAUCAAAUCGAAUUAUGCUGCAUUACUUUUAUUUUAUUUUUUUAUUUGAAAUAAUCAUUAAUUUCUUAUCUUAUCUACAUGUGAUUUUUUCAUUUGGCUUCAAUCAAUUUUUUUUAAACAAACAAUAUCUCAAGCAUGUGUUUACAAUAAAAAACAAAUGUGUCUUGUAAUAUUUCACCCAAUCAAAACAUCCUGUGCAAUAAGUAAGUGAUUAAAUUGAUCAAGUGUUUUUACAGGAAUCGCCUUGCUGUUUUAUUCUGUAAAUUAUUUGUGUAUACCAGCAAGGAUUAGUAUAUCAGGUACUAAUGUGUCUUUUAGAUUCAAUAAAGUAACAGUCCGAUGAAAAA